AUGGCAGAGCAUGUGCCCUUUCACAUGACAACGGCGCCCCUCAGCAGCUCCCCGGUGCGGAUUUCCACUGCGCAGCCACACGGGGGCUGGGCGGUGCCGCCGCCGCCGCCCCGCCCGCUGUCAGCGCCGCCGCCAAUCGCUGCGGCCCGCCCGGCUCCGCCGCCGCGGGUGGCCCCGGGUGCCGCCGCCGCCGCCCGGCCCGGCCCGGCCCGCCCGGCCGCGCGGGCUCCGCGCCGCAACUUGCACUCGCCCUGGGAGCGCCGGCGGGUCCUGCCCGGCAGGCGAGGCUGGGCGUGGUGGUGCAAGGAUGGGACCGGCGUGCAGAGCUCUGGAGCUUGUGGAGGAAGGCAGCGGGCGCAGAGAAUCACCCCGUGUGGCGUUGUUAGUGAGGAGGCGGUGUCUCCGGGGAGAAAGGCGAAGGCGCUCGGUCACCACGGUGUGACCCUCAUCGGAAAACUUCAUUUUCCGACGGGAAUGGGAAAGUUUGGUGGUGAUCCCAAAAACUGAGGAGACUGCUUAAACUUGUGCAAUGAUGCAUGUGUUCUUUUACACAGGAGGACUGUAUAUGAUAAGCAUACACAAAUGGAAGAUGAAGACUAUGGACUGGUCUUGAGCUUGAAAUUAAUUUCUUUAUCAAUGAGGACCAUAAAAAAAUUGUUUCUUGUGAAAACUGCAUUUUCUGAAUUUUCAAUUUUUCUAUGCCUGUAGCUAUAUUAUAUUAACAGCACUUCUCCCCCUUUCACUUCUCCAUUUCUUUACACUGUAAAGUACAUUGUUUUGGUUAAACAGUUCCACCAGCUAUCUCAUUCUGUAAGAUCUGAAAAACACCGUUUUCUAAAUACAUAGUAAAUACUUUGAAAUUGCAUAU